AGCACUUACAUCGACAGUUGUGCAGAUUGCAGAGGUACGGUAGACAGCAUGGAGCGCAACUCCUCCUGCAGAGACACAAUAAUGAGCUGCCUCCUCGCCGUGCUCGCCGCCGCCGCGGUGCUCGCGGUGGCGCGGGGCCAGCUGACGGACGACUUCUACGACGGGUGCUGCCCCCAUGCGGAGGACAUCGUGAAGGCGCGCGUGUCCGCCGCGAUGAAGGCCGAGCCCCGCAUGGGCGCCUCCCUGCUCAGGCUCCACUUCCACGACUGCUUCGUCAACGGGUGCGACGGCUCGAUCCUGCUGGACGGGAAUAACACCGAGAAGCUGGCGGCGCCGAACCUGAACUCGGUGCGUGGGUUCGAGGUCGUCGACGCCAUCAAGGCCGACCUCGAGAAGGCGUGCCCCGGGGUUGUCUCCUGCGCCGAUAUCCUCGCGAUCGCCGCUAAAUACGGAGUGCUGCUGAGUGGAGGGCCAGACUACGACGUUCUGCUGGGAAGGAGGGAUGGCCUGGUGGCAAAUCAGUCCGGUGCCAACAGUAACCUGCCUAGCCCGUUCGAUCCCAUCAACACCAUCACAAAUAAGUUCAAUGAUGUGGGUCUGAAUACAACCGACGUGGUCGUUUUAUCAGGAGGCCACACGAUCGGGCGAGCGCGGUGCGCGCUGUUCAGCAACCGGCUAUCCAACUUCUCGACGACGAGCUCCGUGGACCCGACGCUGAACUCGUCGCUGGCGUCCAGCCUGCAGACGCUGUGCCAGGGCGGGGACGGCAACCAGACGGCGGCGCUGGACGCCGGCUCCGCCGACACGUUCGACAACCACUACUACCAGAACCUGCUGACCCAGAGGGGCCUGCUGUCCUCCGACCAAGGCCUCUUCUCCAGCACCGACGACGGCGCGGCGGCCACGAAGGCGCUCGUGCAGGCAUACAGCGCCAACAGCCAGCGCUUCUUCUGCGACUUCGGCCGGUCCAUGGUCAAGAUGGGCAACAUCAGCCCGCUCACCGGCUCCGCCGGCCAGAUCCGUAAGAACUGCCGUGCCGUCAACUGAGUAUAUGCAUCGAGCAGCCCGCGUGCACGUCGUCGUCACGCUGUGUUUGCCAUGCACUAGGAUCUCCAAAAAAAAAAGCGAGAUCGUGACGUCGUCAUUGUGUAGUAAUUUGUGAAGCGUGUUUCGUUUGGUUUAAGCCAAUAAUAUACUUAUAGUAUGGGCCAGCA